AUGGUUAAAUUAACUCAAAUUGACGACGAGACUGCCACCACAUUCGAACAAACCGCACAACCUCAAGAAAAAACCGAAAAUUACAGCGAAGAAUCUGAAUCUGAAUCCGAUUCCGAUUUCGAUGACGAAUUUGACAUUGAAAAUGAAACUUUACUUGAUAGAGUUGUUGCAUUGAAGGAUAUUAUCCCACCAUCCCAGAGAACUCAAAUUGUUUCUGUUGCUGAAACUGCCAAGGCACUCAUCACCUCCGGAAUCAAUAAGUCUGGUAAUUUAUUAUGGACUUUAACUUCAUCUGCCUUGUUAUUAGGUGUCCCAUUGUCUUUAGCUAUAUUAGCUGAGACUCAAUUACAAGAAAUGGAAAAGGAAAUGCAAUUACAGCAAUCCGCCCAAGAUGUUUUGGCUCCAGGUUCUGAAAAUGCGUUCCAAAAGGAAGAGCAAAAGGCUUAG